CCGUGCAUACAAGGGGGGAAUGCGUGCAGCAUGUUGCAGGCUGCGGCACUUUGGCUUUUGACACUUGCCACCUGGCUGCCCGAGACAACGCAGGGUCCCCAUCAACGCUUUCUGCUCAGGGAGUUGCUGAGAGAUUAUAACCCCAUGGAGAGGCCAGUGGCCAAUGACUCCCACACCCUCACCGUCCACUUCUCCAUCACUCCAAUGCGGAUCAUGGAUGUGGAUGAAAAGAACCAGAUCCUCACCAUGAAUGUCUGGCUGCAGAUGCAGUGGUAUGAUCACUACCUUCAGUGGAAUCAGUCAGAAUAUCCUGCAGUUAAAAACCUUCGCUUCACUGCAGAUCAAGUAUGGACACCUGACAUAUUGCUUUACAAUAGUGCUCAUGACAAGUUUGACGCCACCUUUAAGACCAACGUGCUGGUAAACUCCAGUGGCUUCUGUGAGUAUCUGCCUCCAGGAAUAUUUAUUAGCACCUGUAAUGUGGACGUGCGCUGGUUUCCCUUUGACAUACAACGAUGUGAGUUAAAGUUUGGUUCCUGGACAUUUGACGGCUGGCUCCUGGACAUCCAGAUGAAAGAUGCAGAUGUGUCGGGAUACAUGCCGAAUGGGGAGUGGGACCUAGUGGAGGUGCUCGGAGGUCGCAACGAGGUUUUGUACGAGUGUUGCGCAGAGCCCUACCCUGACGUGACCUUCGUGGUGACUCUGCGCCGACGGACUCUCUACUACACUCUCAACCUCCUCAUCCCCUCCGUGCUCCUCUCAUCCAUGACGCUGCUGGUCUUCCUGCUCCCGGCCAAGUCCGGGGAGAAGAUCAGCUUGGGCAUUACAGUUCUACUUUCUCUGACUGUCUUUAUGUUGAUGGUCGCUGAGAUCAUGCCCGCCACUUCAGAUUCUAUACCACUCAUAGGUCAGUAUUUCGCCAGCACCAUGGUGAUUGUCGGGAUGUCCAUGGUAGCUACGGUCAUUGUUCUUCAGUUCCAUCACCACAACCCCAACAAUGGACAAAUACCACAUUGGGUCAACCUGGUUCUGCUGCAGUGGGUUCCUUGGUUCCUACGGAUGAAAUGCCCAGGUGAGGGAGCGGAACAUGAUCUUCACCACAGCCAGGCAGACACUCAGAGCAAGACCCUCUCGUCUCCCGACACCACCGCCACCCAGAUGACCUCUAUCCUUCCCCAGAGUCUCGCCUCCCUCAGAGCCAACCUGGCUCAGCUCCACCACUCACCACACCACCGGUGCAUCUCCCAAGCCAUCAUUCUCCCGCAUCCCAUCCACAGAGAUCCCAGCCCCAAUUUGCAUACUCAACCGAACGGUCAUCUGCAUUACAUGGGGUUCCAGGCCUUUCCGCCCACAGCAGAACUGGAAGCUCAGAGUCAUAGUCAGAUGAGGGGCUCCUACGGAGCAGCAGCCGAAGAUGGAGAGGUAUCAGAUGGAGGGGGAGAUAUGCUGAGUCAUCAACAUGUUUCAUCUGGCAAAUCGCAGGAAACGAAAGUGUCUCUCAACCAUGAGUCCACAACCAUCUUUCCAGGGGCAUGUGGAUUAGAAUUUGGGCCGGGCUCAGGGAGGGCGGCUCCCUCAAACACCCAUAGUGGCAUCACUGGAAGCAGGGUAGUGGACAACCAGCUCCAGGCUCUUCUCACAGAAGUGCAAUUUUUGGUGGAACGGGUUCGCGAGCAGGACCGGCAGCUCAGUGUAGCCGAGCAGUGGCAGUUCGCCGCAGCUGUCAUUGACCGCCUGUGUCUGGUCGGAUUCAGCGUCUUCAACAUCAUCUGUACCAUCGCCAUUCUCAUGGCUGCACCCAAUUUUGGGGAGGCUCUGGCCAAAGAUUUUCUCUGA